UCGAAUUAUCCAGUAGUGUCUCUAUUCUUCUGUUCUGUCUUUUGAUUACUUAAAUUGUGUAAGAUGGCCAUGCUGGAGAACAAGCCCACAACGAUAUAGUCCCAUUGCAGAGGAAGAGGACGAAUCAUCCCGAACAUCCGAGCAGGAUGAACUGCCUCACUGCGAUACCUUACCAAAGUGGCCAAUACGCACAACCUCUACCAGAGCUCGGGUCCUGAUGGCUCUCGGGAUUGGCCUCUUUCUUGUCGUGUACUCAGCGCUUCUCAUUACACUUACUUCGAUGUGGUGGAGGAAGGAAAGAUUGCACGGUCCAGGAGUCAUUGAUACCCCUCUUCGACCGUUCAUGCAUUACGAGCCGACUAUGCUUCUUGGGCACUUACUCGUUCAUGCAUCAACUGCAUUGCCUGAAACGCGUGCAUCACUCGUAUUGGCCGGAUCGAUACUAUCCCAAUAUAACGGAAGUGGAGGAAAACAAUCUGCAAGAGUAUAAUCUGCAUUGCUUGCAGAUGCUGAUGAACGUCGUUAUGUGCAAAGCAGACGCAGAUCCGGAAACCCUACGAUGGGUAGAAGAGAGCAAGUUCCCGCUCGGUAAUCGCACCUCACCGCAUGAGUGCGUCAAUUGGGAUACGUUAAGGGAGGGCACGAAGCGGAGCCGUGUUGAUCCGUUUGCGCCUGGAGUUCUAGUUCAUCCGAAAUUUGGACCAGUAGUACCGGACGGCAGAGAGACUAUAAUAGGAGAUGAAAAUAGGCAGAGGUUUGUAAUAAAUGGGACAACCGUGUUCAUCCCGGAGAACGAGAAUAAUGGCAGAUAGAGCAUGUUCAACGGUCACUACACCAAUUGUUGCUCGACUUCAAGGACUGUGCUGUAUGGAAGCAAGCCGCGGUAGUAGUCCAACACUAAGUCAGCGCAGAUGCGCACCUUCCACUUUCUGUAUAGCAUCUUUCCACAUAUUCUACAAACACGCCAGACUCUCCCCUCCAGUUUCACAUCUCCAGACUAUGCGAGGCGUUUUCCAGCUUAUAGCCGAGGUCUCUUCCCAGAACGCUAGCUCUAAGUGGAUGUCGGCCCGCUCCUUCUGAGGCUCGAGCUACGGAACAGUCUCCCACACCCUACAGCCACCCCUUGGUAUCGUCACCCG